AUGAGUAAUUUUAUCAACAGUUUGUUGUAUGGAUUUACCAACAUUCUCUCGGUUGGCCCUGAACAACCUAGAGAAGGCCAAGAAAACGAGGGCGGAUGUAGCGGUUCCAAUGGAGAGGGAUGUUGCAAGGACAAAUCUCAAGAGCCCAAGGCAACAUCUGGCUGCUGUCAAGGUGACAAUGCUGGAGAUGCUUGUUGCUCUUCGUCCGCUGAACCCACCGCUGCUACUGUAGAAACCAACAAAGAGGACGGUUGUUGUCAAUCUACUGCUGGAAAAUCAUCGUGCGCUUGUGAAUCAGCAUCGAAUGAACCUGUCAUUAUCGACAACUUGAAGAUUAUUUUCUCAACAUUGACCGGCACAGCAAAGACCAUGGCUACCGAAAUCGAAAACAAGAUCAACACCAAUGAGCGAGUUACAGUAAACAAGAUUGAAGUCAUGGAUGUUACUGAAUACGACAAUGAUAAUUUGCUGCAAGAAACCGCAGUUUGUGUCUUUAUCCUGUCAACUUACAAUGUGGAAGGCCCCUUGGAUUGGUUCUCCAAUUGGCUUCAUGAUCUUCGUUAUGAUUUCCGUGUUGAUCGUGAUGCAUUGAAAAAGUUGCGCUAUGCUGUCUGCGGUUUGGGCGACUCGGCUUACGGCGAUGAAUUCAAUAUCGCAGCAGCCAAUAUCGAUAAAUGGCUGGGUCGUUUAGGUGCCACUCGCAUCUAUCCUUUGGGUGAAUGUGACAAGAAUGCAGAUCAAAAGGCACAGUUUGAUGUGUGGUCGAAUGGAUUUGUUUCAGAGUUGGAGGAUAAGCACAGCUUGGAAUUCUCACCUACCAACAUUGCAUUUCAAUCAGACGAUGAAGACGACGAAGCAUCUGCUGAAGAAGAAGAACAGCAACCUGAUAUCGAUAUUGAUGGCAGUGGGUCCGGCGAUGAAAUGGUGGAUUUGGAGGAUAUGGGCAACAUGGCCAGCAAGAUCAAGGCUGCUAAAGCCAAGCGUGCUGAAGAGGAAGAAGAUUUCGAAAACAGUAAAGCCAAAGCCAAGCGAUUGAUCGGCACAGAUGCAGGAAACAAGCCCAAAACUGCACCUCAAGCUCGUGAGAUGGUAUCACCCAUGAUUCUCAAGAACUUGACCAAGCAAGGCUACAAGGUGAUCGGUUCUCAUUCAGGUGUCAAGAUUUGUCGUUGGACUAAAUCUGCAUUGCGUGGUCGUGGCUUCUGUUACAAGCACGCUUUUUACGGUAUCCAAAGCCAUUUGUGUAUGGAGACAACUCCCUCUUUGGCUUGUGCUAACAAAUGUGUCUUUUGUUGGAGACAUCACACAAAUCCUGUCGGCACUACCUGGCGUUGGAAGGUCGACGAUCCUCAGUUCAUCUUGGAUGGUGCCAUGGAAAACCACUACAAGAUGAUCAAGCAGCUGAAGGGUGUUCCUGGCGUCAAAGCAGAGCGUUUCCAAGAAGCAUUCACUAUUCGUCAUUGUGCUCUAUCACUUGUCGGUGAGCCCAUCUUUUACCCUCAUAUCAAUGAAUUUGUCACCAAACUGCACGAAAACAACAUUUCAUCAUUCCUGGUGACAAAUGCUCAGUUCCCUGACAAGAUCGCCGAGAUGGUGCCUGUCACUCAACUUUAUGUUAGUGUCGAUGCUGCCACCAAAGACUCACUCAAGAAGAUUGAUCGUCCUCUGUUUAGAGAUUUCUGGGAGCGAUUUUUGAACUGUUUGGAGCAAUUGGCAUUGAAGGGCCAACGUACAGUGUACCGUAUGACAUUAGUCAAGGGCCACAACACAGCAGAAAUUGACGGUUACGUUGAAUUGAUUCGUCGAGGCAAGCCUUCGUUCAUUGAAGUCAAGGGUGUGACCUAUUGUGGCUACAGUGGUGCAAGUGAUUUGACCAUGGCCAAUGUUCCUUUUCAUGUGGAGGUCAUUGAUUUCUGUCAAAAGUUGGUGUCUAAAUUGGAUGGUGAUUAUGAAAUUUCAGCAGAACAUGCUCAUUCCUGCUCCCUUUUGAUUGCUCACAAGGAUUUCAAGGUGAAUGGUGAAUGGCACACGCAUAUCGAUUACCCCAAGUUCUUUGAACUUGUCAAGAGCGGAAAGCCUUUCAACAGUUUAGAUUACAUGGCCAAGACUCCCGACUGGGCACUUCAUGGCCAUGAAGCUGCUGGUUUUGAUCCUAAUGAAACUCGCCAUUAUCGCAAGAACAGAAAGACGGUUGUGCCACCUGUUAAUGCAGAUAUCAAUGCAGCUUAA